CCGUUGUGAUCUCCCGUCAGUUGUGCGGAAGCCUCCGGUCGUGUUGGUUCUGCAUCCGUAUCCGUAUCCGUGUUGUUGCUGUUUCUGUUUAAUACUAGGGUUGAACAAAAAUUUUUUUGGGGUUUAAACUUUGUUUCGAAUAUGAUUUACGUAAAAAGCCGCAUUUGAAUUCGGCGCGCUGUGAAUUUGGAAGUGAGUUUAGUUAAAAACAGAGAAAUUUGGGGGAAACUAUUGGGGAUGCUUUGCUUAGUAUUCUGAUGGUCUUUCAAUGGGAAUAGAAUAAGUUAGUGGGAUUAAAAAUGGGAUCAAGCUUUUGCGAUAACUCGCAUGGAUUGAAUACCAAAGUGACAUGAUCAUGGUUUAAAAUGAUUGUAAUUAUUAAUCUUGGUGGUUAACUUGCGUGGGAACAUUCAGUGAUGUGGUGAAGAAGACCGUGGAAGAAAAAAAAUUGAGGCGUAAACGGUCUCAUAUUCAGGGUGGUUAGAAAAGUGGACUCUGUGCAUGGCAUAAUUUUUUUUUUUUUUACUGAGGCCAGACAAUUGUCCCGGAAGAGCGGAAUAAAAGACGAGAAAAUUUCCAACGAGUGGAUACUUGACGACCCGUAUUGUGCAGUAAAAAAAGAAUGAGCUAGAGUGAGAGAAAGAGAGAAGGGAAUAAAAGAAGCAAACAAGAAGAGCGGAAACACAAGAGCCGAGAUGUUAACCGCAGAACAUUUUGUUUUUACUGGGACACAGACGUCAUCAGUGUUAGUAGUCGCAUCAUCAACAUUAUCGUCAGCAUGCACAGAUUCAAUGUGUCAGAAUAGAGCCAACUAUCUGCUGACCGAGUACUGUUUCUAAGUACGAGUGGCUCUGGGCUGUUUGAGAGCGAGUUAAAUAGUGGCAGUAGAGCUUUAGAAAUGAGGGCCGGUAGUGGCCACCCGGCCCGCUCGUUAACUUUGCUACAUUUCCGGCUGGCCUGGUUUUGCUGUCUUGUCUUUGGUGGAGGUCACGUUUCGGCAGUUACCAGUUCUCCGACUUCAUCGAGGUACGAUGUACCUCAGCAAUGUACCUUACAUCAUGAAACGGCACUAACUUGUGUGUACAACAACCAUUGGAUCGUGCCCCACUUGAAUUUGUCACGUGUCAUCAGCGAAUACGUAACGACACUGACAAUUGUUUGCAAUGAUCAGCUGAAAGUUAACACUGGUCCCAGUUUAAGUGCCAGUGCAAGUCAAAGUGCUGGUACUAAAGCCACAUUAGGAACGGGAAUUAAUUUAAUUGAGCAGUAUGCUCAUUUGUGGCGAUUACGCGAUUUGAGGCUGAUUGGCUGCAAAAUAACAACGUGGCCAGCAAAAGUCCUAAUGGGCUUUCAUGAUUUGCGAAACUUGACCGUACGCAGUAUGAUGUACGACCGUAGAAGCAAAGUGAGCUUAGAGUUGGAACGAGGUGCCUUCGAUAUGACACGUUUGAUCGAGAAGAUGGAUUUGUCGGCGAACAAUAUCUGGCAGCUUCCGGAAGGGAUAUUUUGCCCGAUGACUAAUCUGGUGACACUGAAUGUCUCGUGGAAUAUGUUGAAGGACGUCGCUGAACUGGGAUUCAGUGAUUACAGUGUUGGUGUUUCUAAACGAGAUGUCGAAUCAACGGUUCCAUCAUUGACGUCGUCAGUUACGUCGCAAGUGACGUGCUCACUUGAUAUACAGAGUUUGGAUGUGUCUAAUAACCAGAUAUCAGUACUGCCGUCACACGGUUUCUCGUCAUUGCAGCGGCUACGUACGCUGAAUGUGUCUGGAAAUGUAAUCAGAGUGGUUGACGACGCUGCAUUACGUGGGUUGAGAUCUCUAGAGGUAUGCGACCUGUCGAGCAACCGGAUUGUUGCGUUGCCGGCUGGUAUGUUUAAAGAUGCCACAAAUACGCUCAAGGAACUGCGUCUCCAAAAUAAUUCAAUCAGCGCACUGGCGCCUGGUUUAGUUGCCGACAUGAAUCAACUUGUCACGCUGGAUUUAUCGCGUAAUAUGUUGACGAGUUCGUGGCUUGACUCGAACACUUUCAUUGGUCUUAUCCGUCUUGUGCUUCUGGAUUUAUCACGCAAUAAAAUCGACAAAAUUGAUCCCGAACUAUUUAAAGAUCUCUACACACUUCAGAUACUAAAUUUACAGUAUAAUGAGAUAGACAUCAUUCCGGCAGAUACUUUUUCGCCAAUGAGUAAUUUACAUACACUCGAGUUGUCCCACAAUAGGCUGACGUAUCUGGAUGCGUAUUCACUUAACGGUUUGUAUGCCGUUUCGUUGCUGUCACUGGAUUCUAAUGCACUCGAAGGCAUUCAUCCAGAUGCAUUUCGUAAUUGUUCGAGUAUGCAGGAUUUGAAUCUGUCUGGUAAUAAUUUCGAAUACAUACCAAUUGCCUUGAAAGACAUGCGAUUAUUGCGUACGCUGGAUCUCGGCGAGAAUCAAAUCAAAAGUCUAGAUAAACCGGGUUUUCGCGGCAUGACCAAUUUGUACGGAUUGCGAAUGAUCGGUAACGAAAUAAUUAACGUGACACGUGGUGCACUUUCCGAACUACCAGCACUACAAAUUCUAAAUUUAGCGCGCAAUAAAAUUGAGUAUGUCGAAUACGGGGCGUUUUCUGGUAAUGAGGCUUUGCAGGCUAUCAGGUUGGACGCAAAUUAUCUUCAAGACAUGACUGGUAUAUUUGCAAACACUCCUGGUUUGUUGUGGCUAAAUAUGUCUGACAAUAUGAUUAACCAUUUUGAUUACACUCUGUUACCGGAAAAGCUACAGUGGAUGGAUUUGCAUAAGAAUAAAAUUCAAGACCUCGGUGUUGCUCCAGCAAAUUUCCAUUUACAAACACUUGACGUUUCGUUUAAUGAGUUAACGCGUAUCGAUCCCAAGUCUGUGCCAGAUUCAAUCGAGUUGCUGUUUGUUAAUGAUAAUAAAAUCCAUACUGUCGAGCCCCAGACCUUCUACGACAAAUUAAAUUUGACACGUGUCGACUUGUAUGCCAACCAAAUUGUUAAAAUGGACUUGUCAGCACUCCAGCUAACACAGAUUCCUGAAAAUCGUGCUCUGCCGGAGUUCUAUAUUGGAGGUAACCCAUUUAUUUGUGACUGCACAAUCGAGUGGCUGCAACGCAUCAACUCACUGUCACUCAGACAACAUCCACGUGUCAUGGACCUCGAGCUAGUCUACUGUCGAUUACCUUACGAUCGUCAUCGCGCAUUUGUGUCUCUCUUGGAAGCCAAACCAUCACAAUUUUUGUGUACUUACAAAGCCCAUUGUUUUGCUUUGUGCCAUUGCUGCGACUUUGACGCCUGUGACUGUGAAAUGACAUGUCCCAGUAACUGCACAUGCUACCAUGACCAGUCAUGGUCAGCGAAUGUCGUAGACUGUUCAAAUUCUGACUACAAAACCCUUCCGGGAAGGCUGCCCAUGGAUGCAACAGAAGUCUAUUUGGAUGGGAACAAUUUCAGUGAAUUGACCUCGCACUCGUUUAUUGGCCGCAAAAACCUUGAAGUUCUCUACAUCAACGACAGUAAUAUAAUUGCGAUCCACAACCACACAUUCAGCGGUCUAAAACGGCUCAUUGUUUUGCAUCUUGAAAACAAUAAAAUCGAGCGUCUAAACGGCGUUGAACUGAUGCCCUUGGAAAAUCUAAAGGAGCUUUAUCUGCAAAACAAUUUGCUAACACACAUCGACAAUGGUACGUUCAAUGCACUAACUCAUUUGGAAGUACUUAGACUGGAUAAUAAUAAACUGAAAACAUUUGCGCUGUGGCAGCUGUCGUUGAAUCCGUACUUAGUUGACAUAAGCAUUUCAAACAAUCCAUGGAGCUGUGAGUGUGGUUACUUGGAUCAAGUACGUGAUUGGAUGACCAAGAAUGAAGCUAAGAUAACCGAUUGGAAGCGUGUCACUUGCGAGCUGGGAAUGCCCAUUAAUUUAGUAGUCAAUGGCACAGUAGUAAAUUGCGCAGCAUUGACGGGAACAACUUCAGCCAUUGAAACACGUCAGCUGGAAGCGUAUUUACCUCUUUUGCUGGCAACUGCGGUGCUCUUCUUUGCAAUGGUUGCUCUGAUUUGCGGGGCAUUUAGGCAUCGUCGCACAUUGCGGGCCUGGGCAGCAAGUCGCUGUGGACUGAGGGCCUGCUACAAAACUGCGGCCUUCGAGGACCGCGAAAAACCGUUCGAUGCUUACAUUUCGUAUUCGGCUGUUGAUGAAAAUUUUGUAUCACGUGUCUUGGUUCCGGGACUAGAAUCCUCUUACAGACUGUGCCUGCAUUACCGUGACCUUGGUGCUGGGGCGAAUGUCGCAGAUGCGGUUGCUGAAGCAGCUGACUCCUCAAGACGCACGAUUCUAAUUUUGUCGCGGAACUUUCUACACGGAGAGUGGUCGAGGUUCGAGUUCAAAGCUGCACUCAGAGACGCGCUGAGGGGGAAAGGACGCUCUGUUAUUUUGUUACUUGUUGGCGGCGUCUGCCCACGUGAUUUGGACGCUGAUUUGAGAAAGAGAAUAUCCUCCCACACGGUUCUAGUUUGGGGUGAUAAAUUGUUUUGGCAGAAAUUAAAGUUUGCUAUGCCUGACGUUUCGCCGAUCCCGGUGCUAGAGAGACCGCUGCCUUUGCCGCCUCCCCCGCCACCACCUUCUCAACAUUUGUGGGCAUAGGAUCAUGCUUUAGAUGUGAAUCCUAGCCGGAGGUAUUAUCGAACUUUAUCCACGUAUGGAGUCCCUGGAUAUCACCAGAAGAAUAAACCCCGGACUAUUGAGACAAUUCUCUCUUCUUAUGAACACGAAGAAAUUCUCACAAUUGCGCUGGAGUAUAAUUAAAUUUACCGAAAAUAACUAAAACUAUUAAAAACUAAAUAAAAUAAUUUUACAUUGGAUUCAAAAAAAAGGACACUCGUGAUAGCUUUCGUAGUAUAAUAAAAAAAAAAAAAUAAAUAAACUAAACUAAACUAAAUGGACAUAAUUAGUGCAAAAGUAAAAAAAAAUAAAAACUAAAAGAAAUACUUGUAUAUCUUAUAUCGCAACGAAUUACGCAUUUUUCUCUCGCUAAUUGGUCGAUCGUUGAAUUUACAUAUUGAUCACGUUUAAUAAAGAAAUUUAUAUUUAAAAAAAAAAA